AUGUGGCAAGGAAUUGAAAUGAAACGGAAACGAAAGAAGAAUCCUGACCAAGGAUUUUCCAGUUAUGAGGACAUGACACUUCGUCAACAUACACGGCUAACCACAAAUUUGAAACCCGAUGGUGAAUCAUACAAGAAGAUGCGAGAAAUUGUUGGUGUUGAUCAAUUCUAUCCAACGGCGAACACUUUGAUUCAUGGUUCUCACUACCCGACUUCGGCAGCUAUGGAAAAGCUUGCUCAGGACGUUCAAGGACAAUCGAAACGGCGUGACUAUUCAUGUCGCCGUCUGUUCGAUCCUGAUGCUCCUAUUGAUUACAUAAAUGACAAGAAUAUGAGAUUCAACAAGAAAUUGGAGAAAUUCUAUGGACAGUACACAGAAGACAUCAAGGAGGAUCUCGAACGUGGUACUGCAGUUUGA